CUAAUUAUUCAUGGGCUCCUGCCUCUUGCUCUUUCUUUUGCACAGCCCUACAGUGCUGACUCAGUGCCUUAUUCAGUCUUGUCUCCCUCUCCACUGCUGUAGCUGGAUCUCUUUGCCUUCACAACCUCUGAGCAUCCGUAUACAUCGCCAUGGCUAAAACAGCAAUAGCCUACAAAGAAAAAAUGAAGGAGCUGUCCAUGUUGUCACUGAUCUGCUCUUGUUUCAACCCUGAGCCCCGAAAUCUCAAUGCGUACACAUAUGAUGAUAUGGAAGUGAAACAGAUUAACAAGCGUGCAUCUGGUCAGGCAUUUGAGCUGAUACUGAAACCCCCGUCCCCCGUCUCUGAGGUGCCCCGAAUUUUGGCCUCGCCAAAGAAGAAGGAUGUUUCUCUAGAAGAUAUUCAGGCAAAACUGGAGGCAGCAGAGGAGAGAAGAAAGUCUCAGGAAGCCCAGAUCCUGAAGCAACUAGCAGAGAAACGAGAGCAUGAAAGGGAAGUUCUUCAGAAGGCACUGGAGGAAAACAAUAAUUUUAGCAAAAUGGCUGAGGAAAAACUGAUACUGAAAAUGGAACAAAUUAAGGAAAACCGUGAGGCCUACCUAGCUUCCCUUAUGGAACGUCUUCAAGAAAAGGAGAGGCAUGCUGCUUUGGUCCGUAGGAACAAGGAGAUCCAGGAAGAACUUUCUGGCUGAACACAGACGACCAUUAGUCUCUUAUUUGCCUAUAUUUACGGAUCAUGCGAUAACGAUAUGGAAAAUGUAUGACAUCACAAAAAGAAGAAAACCAACAAGAACUCAUUAUGAACAAAAAAAACUUCAAAAGUC